GUAUUUCCUUGCCGGCUGUUUGCUAGUAGCCUAGCACAUUCUUUGCUUGACGUGAAGGCAAAACAAUAAAGAUUUUUACAAAGCGUGUUUAACGUCACUAUAUCAAGUGUGGCUGGUCUUAGUUUUCCAGUGUAUAGCGAUACAUCCAGGUGAAUUUCCCUGUCCAGGGCUAAAAAUACACACUCACCAAAUUAGACUGAGGGUUAGCUGCUGUGGCUAACGCUAACCAGCUGAGGCAGCUGCCAGGCUCAGUAACAGUAGCUUCUAGUCUGGGAACAGUUACGGCAGAAGAAUGGCUGAAGCAGUGGCAAAUGUGGCACGGAGGGUUAAUGCCCUCGUGGAGGAGGGGAGCGAUACAUUGGACCUGUCAAACUGCAAGCUCAUUUCAUUCCCCGAUGGUGUGUUCAGGGUGCUGAAGAGCGUCGCAGACAACAUCCGCAUUAUCUCACUGGCUGAGAAUGAGAUGAAGUCCAUUUCCAGCAAGUUCUUUUUAAACUUCCCUCAACUUAGAGAACUUGACCUGCGAGGAAAUAUUAUCACCAAACUGCCUGACGCUGUGUUAGAGGCGGAGCAUUUGACCAGCAUCAAUCUGGCUUAUAACAGCUUCUCCAUCUUCCCUGAUAAGCUUACUGAAAUAGCCACACUUGAGAGGAUUAACCUGGAGGCAAACAGCAUCACAGAAAUACCAGUUGAGAAGUUGGCCAACAUGCCAGCAAUGAAGUGGCUGAACGUUAAGUCAAACCCUUUGGACUCGAACACUCAGUCAGCUCUGCAAUCUCUAAACAAUGUUGAAACAGAGUCUUAAAAUAUGUCAUAGAUCAUAUUUACAGACUUAUGCACUGCAUGCUGUGUGCCUUUUAACUUCCUCUGUUGGGUGCUUUGGUUGGCUUGAGAGAUGAAAAACAUAGUACCUGAAGAAAUUGAUCUGAAAUAGCACAAUGUUUGGAGAUGGCAUCAAUCGAUCUUUAUACACCAUUUGUCAUGUAUUCUUCUGAAUCAUGACUUAUUUAUUACUUUUUAUAGAUUAAAAGGGUUUUUCAAUUAAAAAAAUAUGCACUGAAAACAGAGUGUGAUUAUUUCUUUUUAAUUGAUGACAGAUUCGUAGCCGAGACUAUGUUAGAUGUGUUCCCUGACUCAAAGCUCGAUUUUAUCUAGGGCAGCGAUUAAUAAUCAUGUUCAAUUUUGAUAAAUCUGAUAGUUGUUUCCUGAAAUAAACCAUCUUUAUUUAUGCUUAUGUCCGAAAAUAGAAAUAAAAUGCUAAAAGCUGAA